AUGAUAGAUAACUCUCUUAGCCUACAAGUCAACCUUCAACCUUCACUCCAAGGGGUCUACUCACUCACAAGUUCACAACAGCGAGUUGUGAUGGGCCGACCGUUUGGAUCCGAAUGCGAAGGAUUGAGGAGAAGGUAAGCCGGUAGUCGGGUCAACCUACUGCGCCGCUGCUAGUCGGCUGAAGAUGAUGUUGCCGACGUGCACUAUUGGUGUCGUUGUUACAUAAGACAAGCACUCCCAACAGCCAGCUCAUCUCACAUGAAGAAACACAAGAACAAAUAGACAACACAUCAGUGUCACAGAGGGAAUCACACAAGCACAAUCUAUAUGGUGAUUAUCUUGGGGUGUACAUAAACGAGCAGAAUCCCAUCACCCUACUCUGUCUGAGAGCUCCGAAGGGAAGAAAACUCCCCUGGCCAAAAUACCAAGACUCACCAAACAUCUCUCACUCUAACCACCAUCACCAUCACCACCACCAAAAUGGCCGACGAGAUUCCCACAGUCCAAAUCCUGGACAAAAAGAACUACUUCUCGCAAUCCCUCAUCUCACUCCCCAAUGCGUUACCAUACCCCCCUCUCCCCCCAUCCUCCCUCCGCCUCCGCACUUCAGUCCUAAGUCUCACAGUCAACAACUUCACCUACGCCGCCCUAGGCAACUUACUCCACUGGUGGGACGUGCACCGCCUGCCAUCAAGCACGCCAGCGCCCUACAACGACAGUUCGAAAUACGGCCGCAUCAGCGCCUGGGGAUACACGCAGGUCCUCGACUCCACUAUCGCCGCGAUCCCCAAGGGGAGUUAUCUCUGGGGCUACGUGCCCCUCGGCACGCUCCCAGAGGACCUGCAAGUCGAGAUGCACCCGACGAUCGCAGACCAGGUCCUCGUCACGAGCGAGCACAGGAAACACGUCAUGCCCAUCUACAACCGGUAUUUCGUGUACGCGCCCCCCGGGACAACCUCCCCGCGCGCCGACGAGAUCGCCAGGAAGACGACGGGCGUUGCGCACGACGCCGCGCUGCGCGUGAUGCACGCCACGGCAUUCCUGAUGGAAUCCUUCGUGUUCAGCGCUGACGCCUCGCGCGUCGUGGCACCGGGUAUCGGCCCCGACGACGCCGAGAGCAGCCCUUGGUCCGCGGACGACGCAGACCUAUCCGAUUCCAGCGUCCUCAUUUUCGCGCCCGGGUCGAAAGCAGCGUGUCUCUUCGCGGCCUUGCUCCGCGCGCGGCCUAGUGGGAAAGAUAGACCGCGGCGCAUCGUGGGCGUGACGAGCGCAUCCUCGCAGGCCUUCGUCGCGGGCACGGGAUUGUAUGAUUCCGUGGUCCUCACGAGCGCGGAGCCGCUGACUGUCUUCGGUAAUGCGGCGGAGAAGAGGGUCGUGGUUUUCGACUUUGGCGGCCGCGCGGGCGUGGCGCAGCGCUGGGCGACGGUUCUAACGGCGUCUUAUCCCUCGCUCCAGUUCAUCGGCGUCGGAUCGGCGAUCCUCGACCCGAAGGUCGCGGAAUCGGUGUUCGCGGCUGCCGCGAAGGGUCCUGCGCCGGCGUAUAAAGUCGCGCGCGUGAAUGCGGGGGAUAUGAGGCGGCGCGCGAUCAAGGCGAUUGGGGAGGAGGCGUAUUGGGCUCAGGAGGCGAGGUCGUGGGAAGGGUUUAGGAGAGACGGGAUUAAGGGGUUGAAGAUGAGUUGGGGAGAGGGCAUGGGGGAUGUGGUUAGGGGCUGGGACCGACUUGCACGGGGCGAGGUUCUGCCUAGUGAGGGAUUGGUGUAUAAACUGUGAUUGAUAACUUGGGAUGAUGCAGAAUCGGGUAGAUGUUUGAACUCUACUUCUUAUGCGUCCAGAUGAGAGCGAAGAGUAAGAUUGUGUGUCAUAGCAGGAGACUAUCAGAACACUGAGCAAAAUACCGGUAGACACAAA